GAUCUGGCUUUUGCGCGUGCGCGAGCCCAGGCGCGUGCCCGCCCUCGCCCAACUGUGCGACCCCGCGGGUGGGAGGGGUGGGUCUGGGAACGUUGCGGCGACCGCCGCGGCCCCACACCCAGGGCUGUUCCCUGGCGGAGACUGCGCCGGGGAGUUCUCCGCCGUCUCCUUGGGUGGCAGCCACCCGGACCCCAGAUGGUGGGUCCGGAGGAUGCCGCAGCCUGUUCGGGAAGAAACCCCAAGUUGCUCCCGGUGCCGGCGCCGGAGCCCGUGGACCAGGACGGGAAGAUGAUCCGGGCCACGGGCGGCUUUGGCGGAGGCGUCAGCGCUGUGGAGCCGCCUGAAGAGGAGGAGGAGGAGGAGGAGGAGGAGACGCCGCCGCGGCAGCUCCUUCAGUGUUACCUCGCGGCUGCCGGUGCACAGCUGGAGCCGGGGCUCUGCCACUGUGCGGUGCCCAGCAGCCAGGCCGGCGCCCCGCAGUUCGCGGCAGCGCCUCGCUCGGACGCUUGCCCGCCGGGCUCGGGAUCCAAGCACCUUGGCGCCGAGGCGGCGGAUGUCCGCGCGCCACGGCACGGAGGCAUGAUCAACGGGGACUCGGGCUUUCUGCCUGGCCGGGCCGGUCGCGACCUAGAGGAGGUUCGCGGGCUGGCCCGCGCCGGCGGCCCGGAGCCGCGCCGCCGCCGCCCCUGCGGCCGCCUCCGCCUGGAGGGGCCUGGUGACGAGAGCGCGGACCGCGCGAGCAGCCCGUCGGACUGGGCCGCGCCGCUCGAGGACCCGCUGCGGAGCUGCUGUCUGGCGACUGCGGACAGCACGGAGCCCGAGGGCGCGGGCAGCGGAUCCGGGGGCAGCCUGGCCAGUGGCGGUAGCAGCAGCGAGGACUUGGGGCGGCCGGGAGCCGGCGGUCGGGGUCUGGAGGAGGACGCGCCCCCGGCCACCUCGGCCGAGAGGACUCGUGGGGGCUUGGGCGCCGAGCCGCGCCUGUGCUUGCCGGACGUUCAUUUGAACUCUCGGAACACGUUCGAGGUGAGCCGCCGCCAGAGCGCCCGGGACCCCCUGCCCCCGGCGGGGCUGCCGGAGUCCUCGGCCGCCUCCGAGCCGGGCUCCGCGGGGACCGCUGCCCGGGCUCGACGGACCGGCGGCUUCGCCGACUUCUUCGCCAGAAACCUUUUUCCAAAAAGGACUAAGGAACUCAAAUCAGUUGUCCCUAGUGCUCCUGGUUGGAAAUUAUUUGGUAAAGUCCCUCCCAGAGAGAAUCUUCAGAAAACUUCCAAAAUCAUUCAACAGGAAUAUGAAGCACGGACAGGGAGGACCUGUAAACCACCACCUCCAUCUUCAAGACGUAAGAAUUUUGAAUUUGAACCACUUUCUACCACUGCUCUGAUUCUUGAGGAUCGACCGUCAAAUCUUCCUGCGAAAUCUGUGGAAGAAGCUUUACGUCAUCGACAAGAAUAUGAUGAGAUGGUGGCUGAGGCUAAAAAACGAGAAAUUAAGGAAGCACAUAAAAGAAAAAGAAUAAUGAAAGAACGCUUUAAACAGGAAGAAAAUAUUGCAAGUGCAAUGGUGAUUUGGAUCAAUGAAAUCCUGCCCAAUUGGGAAGUAAUGCGUAGUACAAGAAGAGUUCGAGAAUUGUGGUGGCAGGGGUUGCCCCCUAGUGUUCGUGGGAAGGUUUGGAGUCUAGCUGUAGGAAAUGAACUAAAUAUCACUCCUGAACUUUAUGAAAUCUUCCUCUCAAGAGCAAAAGAACGAUGGAAAAGCUUCAGUGAAACAAGCUCAGAGAAUGAUAUGGAAGGUGUAUCUAUUGCUGAUCGAGAGGCCAGUCUGGAAUUAAUUAAGUUGGAUAUAUCCCGUACAUUUCCAUCUCUCUACAUCUUUCAGAAGGGUGGCCCAUAUCAUGAUGUUUUACAUAGUAUCUUAGGGGCAUAUACAUGUUACAGACCUGAUGUUGGUUAUGUCCAAGGGAUGUCCUUCAUUGCAGCAGUACUCAUUCUCAAUCUGGAAGAAGCGGAUGCCUUCAUUGCGUUUGCUAAUCUUCUGAAUAAGCCAUGCCAGUUGGCCUUUUUUCGUGUGGAUCACAGCAUGAUGUUGAAAUAUUUUGCAACAUUUGAAGUAUUUUUUGAAGAAAAUCUCUCCAAACUAUUUCUUCAUUUUAAGUCUUACAGUCUUACACCAGACAUAUACUUGAUAGACUGGAUCUUUACACUGUAUAGCAAAUCCUUACCACUUGAUCUGGCCUGUCGAGUGUGGGACGUAUUUUGCAGAGAUGGGGAGGAAUUUUUAUUUAGGACUGGAUUAGGAAUCCUUCGAUUAUAUGAAGAUAUUCUCCUGCAGAUGGACUUUAUUCAUAUAGCACAAUUUCUCACUAAAUUGCCAGAAGAUAUCACAUCAGAAAAACUGUUCAGCUGUAUUGCAGCCAUUCAGAUGCAGAAUAGCACCAAAAAAUGGACUCAGGUCUUCACUUCUGUAAUGAAGGAUAUUAAAGAAGGAGACAAGAACAGUAGUCCUGCUCUGAAAAGCUGAUCUUCAAAAUUAACAGACUAAUUGAAACAUAAGAUGUUUUUUGGAUAAAAGUUUUUUGUUUCUUAGGUAGAAAGCAUGGAAGAAAAUGUUGGAGAAAUCUUAAAACAAUCAAGAGGUGGAAAACUGCUGAUUUUAAAUUCCAUGGCUGAAAUGAAAUAAGUAACUUAUUGACAGUAUUAAUGAAAAAGUGUUUUGUAGGGGAAGCCAUUUUUGAAAGGAAAAAACUUAAAUGGCUACUUCAUACUCCAAAAUUUGGAGUGAAGAGUUUAAUGCAAUAACUUUUUAAAAUAGCCUAAAAAAUCCUUCCAAUUUUUACGUCCUUUCUUCUUAAAUAAUUACCACAAUUGCACUUUGGAGGUCAGAGUAAGACUGUUAAAUAGUACUCUAACUUCCAAAAAUACUGUUUUAUAGAUAUUAUCUCCAGUGCUGACCCUUUGAAAAUAUGACAGACAAAAAAUAAGCAACUCUGGUUGUAAAUUAAGUCAUGGAAGUUGUCACCUUCAUUCACAAAUUGGGGAAAAUCUGUGUUAUGUGGUAACUAGAAAUAUUGGUGGGAGAUUGUUAAUUAUUUGUUUGGGCUUUCCCCCACAAUAUUGUGUCUAUUUGUUUUGGAAGGUAAUUUUUUUCUCUUACUUAAGGAAUUCCUAUCACUUAAAGAAUUUUUAUCCUUUUUUUUUUUUCACCCUAGUGUAACAAGUUGUUCAUCUGGUAUUUUAACAUUAAGAAAACUAAAUAAGUGAUAGAAGUUCUUUGCACUUUAAUGGACUAAAGACUUAACUUUGGGAGUUAAGUCCAAAAAUAUAAAUGAGGUAUUUCACUGGUAAGACUAAAAAGUAAUGAAUUCUAAGAGUUCUUAAAUAGUGUACUACUUGACAAGAUUAAAUUUUUAAAAAAUUCCUCCAUUAUCUAUAGAAGCAAAAUUCAUUAAUUUCAGUUGAAAUCUUAAUAAUAGCUAAGUCCAUGACUUGUAAAACACUAUGCAUAUUUUUUCUAAUCAAUGGAAAUCAAAGAAAAAGUAAAAUUAACUUUUUUUCUGAGUUCUACUUUGAUAGCAUAAUAAAGAAUAUUAAUCAUUGGUAAAUUGGCAUUAAAUUUAUUAUGUUUAAUUUUUUGAACUUAAACUAAGUCAUUGAGUGUUAUGAUACUUGUUUAACAUGCUAUUUGGUUAAUUAAUUUAUGCUGUGUUUUUAUGUUGCAGUUUGUUUUGAAACAACACAUAAACACACUAUUUCUGUUAGUGGUAUAUCUACAGUCUUCAAGCUAACAAGCCCAAGAUCCUUGUUAGUGUAAUGACUGCCUCUUAAAGAGUAUGGGACCAGAGGGUGCCCAUGGAAUUUUAUGUCAUUGGUCAUUCUAGCCUAGGGACUACUAUUGGAACCCUCAGAAGUUAACUCCUUUUAGAGAGCCUUGCUUAAUGGUAACUGGUAGUGUAAUACAAUAUCGAGGGAGUUUCUAGGAUCUUACAAGUUUUAGGAUGACCUUUUAACUCUGGUAGCUACUUCCUUGGUAUUGAUAUUCCUGAUAGAGGGAAUGUAAUGUCUAGCAGUAAUCUCACUGAGGUUAUACUACCUGCCUAAAUUUAAUCUUACUUUUAUGUAUUUGUUGCCUAAGUUGGAUCUAUGUUACUGUAUUCCUUUUUCUUAUUUUUUUUUCUUAUUGUACAGUUUCUUUACCUUUCAAGUAUAAAUGUGUAUAUAAAGUGUAAAUAUAAAGAAUCCACUAAAAACCACUAGUAACAGUAACUGUGUAAAUAAAACUUAUAAGCAGAGUA